CCGGCCGGCCCGCGGGGAUGCGUACGCCGCCCGUCUCCUCCUCUCCCCCCUCCCCGCGCGAUAAAAAGGAGCCCCCCUCCCCGGCCUCGCCUCCUCCCCCAACCCAUUUCCUUCCUGCCCGCAAGGCCGCAACCCAGCCCAGGCCCGGCGGUCCCUCGAUCCUCUCGGCUCCGGAUCGGCAAGAGCCCAGCCGCCGCCGCCCGUAGCCGCCUCGCUGCCGGAUUCACACGACACCUUGUCGGCGUCUCUUUCUCUCUCUCGAGGCCCAUGGCGCAGCGCGACAAGAAGGUUGAGGAGCCGACGGAGCUGCACGCGCCGGAGCUCACGCUCUGCGCCAACAGCUGCGGCUUCCCGGGCAACCCGGCCACCAAGAACCUCUGCCAGAACUGCUUCCUGGCCGCCUCCGCCUCCGUCUCGCCGCCGUCGCCCUCCUCCUCGCCGGCGGUGUUCGACAAGCCGCGGACGGCGGCGGCGGCGGCCGCCCCUCCCGCGCUCUGGCCGCCGUUCUCCCCGGCCGCCAACCGGCCCCCGGCGGGCCCCGCGGAGUCCCCCUCCAAGGCGCCCCGGACGUCGUCGUCGGUCAACCGGUGCCACAGCUGCCGGAAGCGGGUCGGGCUGACGGGGUUCCGGUGCCGCUGCGGCGAGCUCUUCUGCGGCGCGCACCGGUACUCGGACCGCCACGACUGCGGCUACGACUACAAGGGCGUCGCCCGGGACGCCAUCGCCCGGGAGAACCCCGUCGUGCGCGCCGCCAAGAUCGUCAGGUUCUGAGAGAGCUGGGGAGCACCGGAGGACCACGCACAGCUCAGCUCCACGCCGAUCGUCGAUCCAUCAUCUCCCGCGCUCCGGAAUCCCCUCUCUUUUUUCUCUUUUUCUUUCCUCUUUUGUUACAAAAUUUAAAGGUGAUUGGUCGAGGGUGCUGUCAUCACGCUGUUCUCGAGAAUCCCACAAACAAGAAGAAGAUGAUUUGAUUGAUGAAGGAAAAAGAAGAAGGAGCAGAUCAUGGGAGCCAUGAAGGCAGGGAAGCUGCGAGAAAAAGGGGAUCGAGAGCACAGUGCGAUGAUAAUGUUGUUGUUGUAGCGGUGGUUGGGGUGGAGGGGAAGAGAUAGGGUCGGUUUGGUGUGUUGUCCUACUACAAAUCACAAUCUUCUAUUAAAUUUUUCUUCCAUCUCUCUGUAUAAACUAAAUUAUAAUUGGAAUCUCCCUAUUGCCCAGCU